UGAAAUGGAUGGGGCUCGUGUGUGGACAGGAAAGCGGCAACACCCAGACCUCUAUGGAACGCGGCGUCUCAGAUCCUGAUGGGCGUAGGAUACAUACUCAUGGCCACCGCCGUGCCUGGUUCCCUCUAUGUUGGCUCUAUGGUGGUUGGCAUUUGCUAUGGAGUGCGUCUGGCCGUGACGGUCCCUACAGCUUCUGAACUAUUUGGACUCAAAUACUACGGUCUCAUGUACAACAUCCUCAUCCUCAAUCUUCCCCUCGGAUCUUUCCUCUUCUCCGGCCUCCUCGCCGGCAUAUUAUACGAUAUGGAGGCUACUGCCGUCGCAGGAGGCGGCAACACCUGCGUCGGAGCCCACUGUUACAGGCUUGUCUUCAUAAUCAUGGCCGCCGCAUGCAUUGUCGGGUUCUUGUUGGACAUUUUGUUGUCCUUCAGAACCAAGAAUGUUUACAAAAAGAUUUCAGCCAGCGAAAAUAUUAGAUAG